CAUAUUUUUCAAGUUCGUCCGAUAAUCACCUCAGCGAUAUGUAAAAAAUAUAUUAAUAUGUUUAUUACGUGCAAGUUCAUUUAACAGUAUGCAGUGUUACCAUUUUCUCUGGCUUUUCUUUGUGUUAACCUUAAUAAAUUUUUCACUCGGUGGAGACUGCGACUGCAGUGGCUCGUACUGCAAAUGUUGCACUCAUGGACUAAAAAGGAACAUAUGUGUCAACUUCAAUAUCACGGACGAAGAAGGGCACAAUGUGACAGCGACAGUAAAAGUUGAUAACAGAGCGGUGUAUACUAAAGUUAAAAGGUCAUACUACUUCAACAUGUGCGUUCCGAGAACAUCAAUUUGUUUGAAGUACAACAAAAUAGAAGACGACAGCAGGUUCUGGUGCAUGAUGGUUUACAACAGGCACAAUCAAUAUGAAAUUUACUACCAUCUACCGUGUUUAAAGGAAAACGGUUCGGUGUUCGAACAAAAACCGAAUUUUUACAUCCACAACAAUUUUCUAUGGGACGUCGUGUAUCCGGAACUAGUUCAUAACGAGACAUCGCUUCGGGACAACGUGAAUAUUACCGAAGUUACUGAAACUACUCCAGAAGUUACCAGAACGACUGUACCGACUAAUUCCGCCACAAACGACGUCUAUUCCGUUGAGCUAACUACUGGCAAAUCAUGGAUUUUUGAUUUGGACAAUAGUAUAGUGCAAUCCGAGGUUCUGAGUGUGAAAAGCAAAGCUUCUGGCAUAAAAUUACAAUUUAAUUGGUAUUACAUAUCCUUGUUUUUAUUUAUAAUAUACACUUUAUAAACAUGA